CAAUUUAUUGUUUACAACGUCAGAGGGGGAAGGCUGAACAAGACCAAGCACAAGGCUACCAUACAAGUCUUGCUUUAUCCUGAGUGAACUACCAAUUGCCUCCAGAUACCACCACUACGACUUCUAUACGAAAAUUCUACGAAUCUACCACAACUUAUUCGCAGUAGAAUAUUUCCGCCCGUAACUCCCCCAUUACCUCUAAAUCUCGACGUCGUCACCAUCCAAAAUGGCCUCACCGCAGAACAAUGCCCCAAUUAGCACUACCAGACUAAAGCAGAUCGCGAUGGACGCUUGCCAAAGCGCCAUAGGUAGUGCAGAGUUCUACGAGCAUUCGAAAGUCGAAGGUUGGAACGCCACCAUCAUCAACUCGAUCCUCCGAGCCAUCAUAUCCGAAUCAACCCCCUCCGGCUCCCAGACCCCAGCCCACAAAUACGUCGUCAACAGCACCAUCGUGCAACACCUAGUGCCGACCUCGGCGCUUAACAAGCCCAAAGGCGGCAGCGACGUAAAAGCGGAAAGCCCGCGCAUCAGCACCAGCGACGGCGGCAACGCGACGGCCACGGACGGGAAGCCGCACGUCGGUCGGCGGGGCAUGCACUCGGCCACGCAGGCCUUCUGGAACGAGAAGACGGACGGGAUGUGGAGCUUCAAGUACGACGGCGGCGAGGGCAAGGGCAUGGAUGUUGUGAUUAGCGUCAUCUGGGUCGGGAUAUGAGGGCAUGUACGUGCAAGGAAGUCCGACUUGGUAAACGGCGUGCGGGCGGGAGCUGGCUGUAAAAACACGUUGUUAUAUCUACGCAAAAGAGAAAUUGAUUAUGUACCACCUUUACAACCUCUACAGACUACUGUUCUUAUAGGGCUUGCCGUUGACGUUGCGAUGUUCUAUCUGCUUGGCGGUAGCAGGUAGCCUACAAUAUCCGUUCGGUAGUGGUGGUUGUGGUGGUGGUGGUUGUGGUGGUGGUGGUUAUAGCCAACCAGUAUGCGGAAUCAGUUGCCCCAGGGACUUUCGCAGCCCUGACUUAUAUUUGUAGUGAGGGGUGGUUUUACGGAUGUCGUCGAUGUUUGAACAGAGAGGAUAGAUGAUAUAUACUAGUAACGCCCGCCCGCCCGUUUUAGACAUAUGUUAGAAUAAACAUACUAACCUAGUCGAACGUGAU